AUGGCGCCGCCGAAGCCCGCCGCGCUCUGCCUCUUCGACGUGGACGGCACCCUCACCGCCCCGCGGCAGAAAAUCACAGCGGAGAUGGCCGCCUUUCUGCAGAAGUUGCGUCAGAAGGUGAAAGUUGGAGUCGUGGGUGGUUCAGACUUUGAAAAGAUUAAGGAGCAGCUUGGUGAUGACGUGAUUGAAAAAUUUGACUACGUUUUUCCAGAAAAUGGUCUUGUAGCAUACAAAGACGGGAAAUUCUUGAGCAAGCAGAACAUUCAGGGUCACCUGGGUGAGGACAUACUUCAAGAUCUAAUCAACUACUGCCUGAGUUAUAUUGCGAAGAUUAAACUGCCAAAGAAAAGGGGCACUUUUAUUGAGUUCCGAAACGGGAUGUUAAAUGUGUCCCCCAUUGGAAGAAGCUGCAGCCAGGAAGAACGAAUUGAGUUCUAUGAACUUGAUAAAAAGGAACAUAUAAGAGAGAAAUUUGUAGCUGAUUUACGAAGAGAAUUUGCAGGAAAAGGCCUCACAUUUUCUAUAGGAGGCCAGAUAAGCUUCGAUGUGUUCCCAGAUGGCUGGGAUAAGAGGUACUGCUUAGGAAUCAUUGCCAAUGAUGGAUACAAGACUAUUUACUUCUUUGGAGAUAAGACUAUGCCAGGAGGGAAUGACUAUGAAAUUUUCACAGACUCCAGAACAGAAGGCCACAGCGUCACAUCCCCACAGGAUACAAGAAGAAUCUGUGAAGAGCUAUUUUUUCAAUAAAAGACUUCUGGAAUUCACACUUACUUACAAAAUUGUUAAGACAGCUUAACAACUCAAAACAUCUUCCUUCAUUCUGUAUUGUUUUUUGUAAUUGGUCAUGAAUAGCAAGUGCUUUGCAGGUCAGUCAUUACUGAAGGGAAAUGUUUUAAUUGAAGAGAACCUUGCUGACCGGUGGAAUACAGCAGAGCUCAUUUAGCACCAUCCUUUCACUGUUUCCAUUCCCACAAGUACUUUGUUUUCUUUUUGGUUGGUUGUCUUUUGGGUUGGUUUUAUUUUUUUUGUUGGUUUUUAAGUCAUUCCAUUGCUAAUUAAUUACAUUCGGGGGGGGACGGGGGACAGUCUGCCUGUAGUUGAUUUAUGGUCUCAAAAUUGGCCUGCGAGGCUUUAUCCCUAGUUUUUAUUUUGAAGCUGCUAUUUAAAUGAUGAACGUUUUAGAGUUGUUUUUUUAAAAUACUACCUUGUGCUAUAAAGACAUGAAUUAUAAGACAGUUGGGAUUUUCUUGUUUAAAACUGGAAGAUGAGUAAAAGAGACAGGUUUUAUUUCUUUCUGGGGGUGGGAAGGUAGAACUGAGCCAGAAGCCCCUGACCUCACACACGUUCCAGUGCAUGGUCAGCAGGUGCAUCGAGUCUACCACCACUGGAAAGGCUGGACCAACGGCUGCUAAAGUCACCUCCUCAGUACGGUUGCGGUGCCAAUGCACAGUACAGUUCACGGUACCUACACUUUUUGCAGACUGUUUUUAAAUCUAAAAAAUAAAAAGAUUAUAAAAAUUAAUUAAAACAACUAGAGCACAGUAGCAAAAUGUAUUUCUGUCAGUAAUUACAUUUCUGAUUUUCCUGGUAAGGCAGUAAGGGUAGAUGAGAUUUUAGUACUAAAAUGACCUAAACUAAGUUUCUAUUAAAAUCCAAGUUGAAGCAUGACAAUCAGUGUAACUGUUAAUAUUACUUUUCUCAUCUGGCAUUAGGAAAGUAAUCUUGUGUAUGAACAGUUCAAUUUAGUAAAGCAGAAUAAAAUCUCAUUUUAUCAUGAAAAAUUACUAUUUCGAUUUGUCAUUUUGGCAAAUAAAAAAUGUA